AAUUCUUACAGAAUAGAAUUACCAUUUUAGAUCAUAAUAGUUUUAAUCGUCUUUAGGAUCACUUAAAUUUUAAUUCGUUUAUUUUUUUAAUAAGGAAUAUGAAUAAAAUAUGGUCCUCACCGUACAAAAGAGGUGUGGUCAUAUUUAUAAUGAUUAUUCCAUUUUUAACUCGAGUUAAUUGUUUGAGUGUUUUUUCGGAUUUAUCAUUUUUUUCAACGGAAUCUGAAUGUAGAGAUCCGGAUAAUGAAUUUAUGUGCCGAAAUAAAGAAUGCAUUCCAAAUACAAAUCGAUGUGAUGGUAUUACGCAGUGUCCGGAUGCAUCUGAUGAAUUAGAUUGUGAUAAAUAUUUAUGUAAAGCACCGAACUGGUUUCGUUGCGAAACAAGUAAAAUGUGUAUUGAAAGUAGAUUUCGUUGUGAUAAUGAAAUCGAUUGUAGUGAUCGAAGUGAUGAAAAAAACUGUAAAAAUAAUACGAGCUCGGUAGCAUCAUUAAAUUGUUCUGCAGAUCACUGGCAAUGUAAUAAUAAGGCAUGUAUUCCAAUGUAUCAAGUAUGUGACAGUACAUACGAUUGUUUAGAUCAUUCAGAUGAAAUUGAUGGAUGUACCAUUUCACUAGCUUGUGAUGGUUUCAGAUGUAAAAAUAAACGAUGUAUACCUUCAGAAUGGCGUUGCAAUAAAGUUGACGAUUGUAUCGACAACAGUGAUGAAGAAAAUUGUGAAAAACUCAUCAAUCCCCAAGAUUGUACAAUUGAAAAUGAAUUAUUUCUCUGUAAAAAUGGUCUUGAUUGUAUUCCUUUCCACGAAAUGUGUGAUAACAUUACCCAAUGUUCCGAUCAUUCCGACGAGUCAAGUUCUUGUACUGAUUUAAAUAUGCGAUGUAGUGCGCAUGAAUGUAGUCAUGAUUGUAUACAAACACCAAAUGGUCCAUUGUGUUUAUGCCCAAAAGGAUAUCAUGAAGUUGCUCCAAAGUUAUGUAAGGAUAUAAACGAAUGUGAAAUAUAUGGAAUGUGUGAUCAAAAAUGUCGUAACACAGAAGGAUCGUAUGAAUGCUAUUGUGAUAACAAAUAUGUUCUACAAGCAGAUAAGAAAACUUGUAAAGCACAUGGUGGCGAAGGACAAUUAUUUAUGAGCACAAAACAUGAAAUACGUGGUUUAUUUUUAAACUCAGAAGUGUAUUAUUUAAUAGCAAAUAAAUUAAAACACGUUGUGGGUGUUACAUUUGAUGGUGAUCAUAUUUAUUGGACGGAUGUGCACGUAGAUAAUGAAGCAAUUGUAAAAGCUGAACCAGACGGUUCAAAUCGAGAACUUUUAAUAACAUCUGGAUUAAGUGCACCUGAAGAUUUAGCAAUCGAUUGGAUCACAGGCAACAUAUAUUUUACGGACUCUGAAUUACAGCAUAUCGGUGUAUGUACAAAUGAUGGCUUACAUUGUACAAUCAUUGCUAAUAAAUAUAUUAGUAAACCACGUGGUAUUGUAUUACAUAUUGUUGAACGUAAUAUGUAUUGGACUGAUUGGGGUGAAACACCAGAAAUUGCACGUGCAAGUAUGGAUGGCGAAAAUGAUAUAUCAUUUGUAUCGAAUAAUAUAUUAUGGCCUAAUGGUUUAACAAUUGAUGUGCCAAAUAAUCGAUUAUAUUGGAUCGAUGCGAAAAAAAAUACAAUAGAAUCAAUUAAAUUGGAUGGAACUGACAGAAGGAUUAUUUUGGGUGGUAUUGUACGACAUCCAUAUUCAAUUGCAGUAUUUGAAAAUCGUAUAUAUUGGACUGAUUGGAUGGAACAUGCUUUAUUAAGCUGUGAUAAAUUCACGGGUAAAAAUCGUACAACAUUGGUUACUCAUAAUUUAGGCGAUAUUUAUGGUAUUCAUAUAUACCACUCAGCAUUGUUUCCUAAAGUAGAAAAUCUUUGUGCAUACUCAGAAUGUUCCCAUAUUUGUAUGCUAAGUAGUGUUUCAGGGUACAAAUGUGCUUGUCCGCCAAAUCAUGAGUUAAAUAAUGAUAAACACACUUGCAGAGCUAUUUCAAAGAAACAUGUAAUGGCUGUGGGUACUGGAAAUUUAUUAUUUAAAAUACAGCACCAAGCAUUAGGAAAACAUAAUAUUAAAAUGAUUACUAAUCGAUUAGUAAACAUAACGGCAUUAGCUUAUGAUAGCAUAUCUGGUCAAAUUAUUGUAUCCACACAAAGUAAUGAAAAAAGUACCAUUUAUACAGUUACUGAGGAUGGGAAUAAAAUAAAUCAGCUAAUUCAUGAAGAUAUUGAAAACAUCGAAGGAAUGGAUUUUGAUUAUUUUGGUAAUAAUUUAUAUUGGUGUGAUUCUGGAAGAAAAUCAGUUGAUGUUUUUUCAAUGGAAACACGUAAAAGAAAACCAUUAUUGAUCGACUUAAAAGGAGAUACUCCAUUGGAUGUGGCUUUAAUACCAGAUUUAGGCAUAAUGUAUGUAGCAUUCCGAAACCAAGAAAAUAUUUACAUUGAUCGUAUGCUAAUGGAUGGAACUGGAGAACGUAUUCAUGUAAUUACAACAGGACUUGUUGGAACUAAAAUUAAACUGUUAUAUGAUGACCACUUAAGGCGUAUAUUUUGGUCUUGUUCUGAAACUGGAAACAUUGAAAGUACUUCCGUUGAAGGUGAUGAUCGUCAUGGUUUUCGAGCAUUUUUACCAAACCCUUUUGAUUUAGUAAUAUUAGGCAAUGAUCUGUUCUGGUCGAAUUCAAAAUCUCGUAAACUUUUUUGGUCAGACAAAUUAAAUAUUAAUCAUAAAGUAAAGAAAAUUGUUUUAGAUAUACCAAAAGAUUCCUUCUUACAUUUAGUAACUCUUUCUGGAGUUAAAACGGGUCAUUAUCAUCCUUGCACUGAAAAUAAUGGAAAUUGUUCUGAUAUUUGCUUAGUAUCACAGAAUCAUCAUUCCAUAUGCACCUGCCCAUCAAACAACAUUUUAUCUCCUGAUAAUCGUACUUGCAUUGAACAAAAACAAUGUAAAAUCGGUGUUGAAUAUGAAUGUAUUUCUACAUCAAUUUGUAUUCCAGCAAAAUUUGUUUGUAAUGGUAAAAAAGAUUGUUUAUAUGGAGAAGAUGAAUCAAAUUGCCGAAGUGAACAUACAUGUUUCAUUGGGGAAAAGCAGUGUCAAAAUGGUCAAUGCAUUCCAGAACAUCAGUGGUGUGAUUCACAUUAUGACUGUUUAGAUAAAACAGAUGAAGCGAACUGUGAUCCGAGUCAAAAAGAAGGAUGUUCUUUCGAACAAUUUGAAUGUGAGAAUAAAAAAUGUGUUCCAUUUGAUGUCACUUGCGAUUUGACUGAUAAUUGCGGUGAUGGUUCAGAUGAAAAAUAUUGUAAAUUUCGUGGAUGCGAGAUCCGAGAAUUCAGAUGUACGAGUGGAAAGUGUAUUCCCGAUUCCUGGCGUUGUGAUGGAAGUACAGACUGUCCAGAUCUUUCUGAUGAAGAAAAUUGCGAAGUACAUCAAUGUGAUAUAAAUUUAUUUACCUGCGAAAAUGGUCGGUGCAUAGAUAAAAAUUUAACAUGUAACAAUGAAGAUGAUUGUUUGGAUAAUUCAGACGAGAUGAAUUGUGAAGUAUCGAAUAGAGAAACAGAUAUAUCAGAUAUACAAGCAUUAAUUUGCAACGAUGAUGAAUUUGCAUGCACUUCUAAUAUGACUGUAUGCGUACCCGAAGAUGAUAGAUGUAACGGAAUAUCCGAUUGCCCCCAAGGAGAAGAUGAAGAGAACUGUAGUGAUACAGAUUGUCAAAAAGAUGAAUUCAAAUGUAAAAAUGGAAAGUGUAUACAAGAAUCGUGGGCUUGUGACAAAACCGACGAUUGUGGUGAUAAAUCUGAUGAAAACUAUGAUUUAUGUAAUUAUAUGAAUAGGCCAAUGAACAAAAAUCAAGAUGGUUCCUCAAUGAAAUUCAAUAUAACUGCAUAUAAAAAAAUUCCCUGUACAAAUGGUUUUCGUUGCAAAUCGGGACAAUGUAUUGAAUGGAAAUUUGUUUGUAACAAAGAAAAUGAUUGUGAAGAUGAAUCCGAUGAAGGAGGAAACUGCGAAAAUGCGUGUACUUCCCAUCCUUGUCAACAGAUUUGUAUUAAAACACCAUCUGGAUCAAAAUGCGAUUGUUUAUCGGGCUUCAAAUUAAAUGGCGAUGCUAAAACAUGUGAAAAUAUCAAUGAAUGCGCAAUUUAUCCACCAGUCUGUGCCCAAAAUUGUGAAGAAUAUGAAGAUACAUAUCGAUGCAGUUGUUAUUCACAGUAUCAAUUGAGACUUGAUGGAAGUGGUUGCAAAGCUAGGGGUGCAUCAAUGUCACUUAUAUUCACUUCCGAUGCAGAAAUACGAAAAUUGAUCCCACACAAAAAAGAAUUACAUCAAUUAGUUUACGAAGACACACCGCCAAUAACUGGAUUAGAAUAUUCAUUACAAGAAGACGCCUUAUAUUAUUCAAUUGAAAAAUUAGAUGUAAUAUACAAAGUGUUCUUGACGAACAAUACAAGAAAAUUUGUACGAUAUUUACGUAAACCAACAAUAUUAGCAUUAGAUUGGAUAACGAAUAAUAUUUACUUUGUGGAAGAAUCAAUUACAAGUGCCAUUAAAGUUUGUCACUUAGAAGAACAAAAAUGUGCAAAACUUAUUACACUCGAUACUGAAACCGUAUCAGCCUUAGCAAUCGAUGCUGUUAAUAAAUAUAUAUUUUAUGCAACCACUUUCUGGUGGCUAUAUAAUACACCAAAAUCAGUACUUUAUAAGGUCAAUUUAGAUGGAACUCACACUCAGGAAUUAGCACAUAAAAAUUUGGAAUUCAUUACAGGCAUUACAUAUGAUAUAUACAAAAAGAAGGUAUAUUAUGUGGAUCAAAGUACUAGUAAAAUUGAAAGAAUAAAUUAUGAUGGUUCAGCACGAGAAUUAGUAUGGUCUGCUAGCAAUAUCACACAUUCAUCAAAUCUUCAUCCAUAUGGGUUAAAUUUAUUUGAAGAUCAUUUAUUCUUUAUGACACCAAAUGGUAUUCUGAAAAAAUGUAAAUUAUAUGGAAAUCUACAAUGUGAAGAUAUCCGCCUACACCGUAAUACAAUCAAUCAUUUUGUGAUUGCACAAGAUAGUCGACAAUUUAACUUACCAAAUGUUUGUGUGGGCCAUAAUUGUUCUUAUUUAUGUAUUCAAAGUGAAGUAGGCAUCAAAUGUGUGUGCGAAAAUGGAAAUGUUAUACAAGAAAAUGAAAUGUGCGAUCCAUCGACGAGAACCGGAAGUAGCUGGGAAGUACACGAUGAUCAUGAUGAGAUUAUUCAUACACAAAUUUCACAUCAAAGUAGUUUGAAAGGGCAUUCACCAGUGGUUACUGGAGUUAUUAUCACAUUCGCGAUAUUAGCCAUGGGAGUAUGUGGUUUUUACUAUUAUCAUAAACGGCGUUACGCAGGAAGCUUUUCACCAGGAUCAUUUGUACAAUUUCAAUACUCAAACCCAGUUUAUAAUUUACAAACGGUUGCAGUUGAAAAAGAAUGUAGUACUGAUCUGCCAAAAAAUAUUAAUAAUAAUAUCUCAACAAGUAUUCAUCAACCAAAUUCAAAUACACAUGAAUUUUACAAUCCAAUGGAAAAUCAUCAACAAACAGAAGUUACAUUUGAUACAAAAAGUGAAGAAUGUAUUAUUAAAAAAUAAUUUA